GAGAGAGAAAGCAAACCGUCGACUUCAAUCUUGAGAGUGUUGGAGGUCUCAAAUCUCAGUCCGAUCGCCGCCGCAGAAAGAGAGAGAAAAUGUCGGGUGUCACAAACCAGGAGGAGGACAAGAAGCCCGCCGACCAGGGCGCUCACAUCAACCUCAAAGUCAAGAGCCAGGAUGGGAAUGAGGUGUUCUUCCGGAUUAAGCGAAACACCCAAUUGAAGAAGCUUAUGAAUGCUUACUGUGAUCGGCAGUCGGUGGAUUUCAACGCCAUUGCAUUCUUGUUCGAUGGCCGUCGUCUCAGGGCCGAGCAGACUCCAGAUGAGUUGGAGAUGGAAGAUGGGGAUGAAAUCGAUGCGAUGCUGCACCAAACUGGAGGCGCCCUUGUCUAGUCAAAUGAUGUACUAAGGUUACUUAGUAGUAGUUAAGUACAUAUAGACUUUGUCUAUCUGGAAUCCAUGUCUAAAAGGAUAAUCUACUAUGUUGCUAUUAUCUAAACUUAUUGCUAGUCGUUGAUUGUCAAGACCUGACAAUUGUAUGUGUAUGAAAUAUGCUUGAUGUGGUUUGGAAGUAAGAGAACUGUUUUUUUGCGGUGA